AUGAAGGUCAUGGGAGAAACUCAUGAAGGAAUCUGUGGAGCUCACCGAGGAAGAAAAAUGUGCUGGUUAAUUAGAAUGUAUGGCUACUUCUGGCCAACCAUGAUGAAAGAUUGCAUUGACUAUUCCAAAGGAUGUGAGACUUGUCAAAGGCACGGCCCAAUCCAGCAUGCUCUUUCAGUUCCCAUGAAUCCAGUAGUAAAGCCAUGGCCUUUCAGAAGAUGGGCAAUGGAUCUCAUUGGGAAGAUCUAUCCAGCCAGUAGCAAGUAG